AAAUCCCACCAUCGGCCCCAAUUGUGAGUUUGGACUGGCUUAAGGGUAGUUCCUGUUGUUUAUAUCGAAUGCAAUGAUAUUAUUCCAUAUUUUCUUUCAAAAGAAAAAAACUUAAAGCCCCUUUGACAAGAAAGAAAAAGAAAGCCCCUUUUCCAAGUUUAUAUCUUUUCCGAUUAGUUUAAAAUACCCCCGCCACCGCCGUACCAAUACGCUGCACUGCCACUGUAAGAAAACAAAAGAGAAAUCAAAUUCAGAAUUUCACGAACGCAAUGUCUAUCGUCUCUUUAUCGAUCUUCUUACUUCUAGCGACGACAUUUAUGUCUUCGACAUCAGCAAAACCUCACAUUAUUAAUUUCCACUCACCAAAUCUCUACCCAGAAGGCCUAACCUACGACCCGUCCGCCCAGCAUUUCAUCGUCGGUUCUAUCCACCAUCGCACUAUCCACUCCGUAUCCGACGCCGGCAUCGUCGACACCCUAAUUUCUGACCCCUCCCUUCCUCCUAACUCCACCGUUUUAGGCCUUACCGUUGAUUCUCUCAAUAAUCGUCUCCUCGCCGUCAUCCAUUCCGCCCCUCCCCUCCCUCCUUUCAACGCCCUCGCCUCCUACGAACUCCGCUCCCGCCGCCGCCUAUUCCUGUCCCUCCUUCCCGACCCUGAUUCCGCCACUGACGAAAGCCGCUCCGUCGCCAAUGAUGUGACCGUUGAUUUCAAAGGAAACGCUUACGUCACUAACUCUGCUAAAAACUUUAUAUGGAAAGUCAACGAUCAAGGGGAGGCCUCCAUUUUCUCUCGAUCUCCGCUUUUUACACAUUAUCCCGUUGAUCAAAGCUCGCCGUUUAGUUACUGCGGUAUAAACGGUAUUGUAUACCUCAGCAAGGGGUAUUUACUUGUGGUGCAAUCGAACACGGGGAAGAUGUUCAAGGUUGACGUGGAAGACGGUGGAGCGAGGACGGUUUUGUUAACAGAGGAUUUGACGUUGGCGGAUGGGAUUGCGAUUAGGAAAGACGGUGUCGUUGUGGUGGUGUCGCAAAAUAAGCUGUGGUUUUUGAAAAGUGAUGACAGUUGGAGCGAGGGAGUUGUUUAUGACAAAACUGACCUUGAUGUUCAGAGGUUUCCUACUUCUGUAGCAGUAGGAAGAGAGGAUAGGGUUUAUGUGUUGUAUGGGAGUGUGUUGGAGGGUCUGAUGGGGAAUGGAGGAGGAAGGGAAUGGUUUGAUAUUGAGGAAAUUAAGUCAGUAAGAGAGAGUAAAGAUGAGAAUCUAUGGAUAUUUGUUUUGCUUGGUUUGGGUUUGGCUUAUUUUUUGUUUUGGAGGUUUCAAAUGAAACAGCUUGUUCAAAAUAUGGAUAAAAAAACCAGUUAAAAUUAUUGUAUUUUUUGCUAUCUGAUUAUUUCACUUUUAUUUAUAUUCUUAGACCAGGCAUGCUCAUGUAAUACAUUUACUCUGAAGAAACAGGCGAUUGCUUUUUUCGUUUCUCUGUCUCUCUUUGUUCAUAAAUUAGAAGACCGUUUCUUUCUUUUCUUCGA